GAAAUUACUCAUUACCUCCCACUCAUUCUUGCUCUGUACCUCCGUCACCAUUUACAUAUUAUUAUUUGACGCUCCGUAUUCUUGUUGUUUGAAUACUUUUCAUUUGUGCUCAUUCCAUGUGUUCUCCCGCAUAACCUUAUCGAAUUCUCUGUCACUGACAAACGUCAAGCGUCUUUUUUAACUGCUCAGUUGAGUUUUCACAUUCUUCCCUUUCACUACUCUAUAUUGCUUUCUACCUGUAGUACCUCGACGAUGAAUUGUAUAUUUUUGUAGUAUAGUGUGUAACACGUACGGUUUGAUUCUCCUGACUGUGUGGUAUUAUCAGGUGUUUGUUUCUUUACGUAUUUCGAACGAAUUUCAUCAGUGUCAUUCUACAUAGAAUGAGUAAAGAAGUAAUCCAGGAUGUUGCAUGUAUGACAACAACGCCUGAAUUGAUAGUGGCUCAUGGUUAUACCGCUGAGGUACACCGUGUUUGGACUGAAGAUGGAUAUUGCUUGGAAAUGCACCGAAUACCCCAUAGGAGUUCUAGCAAUCCUGUCUCAAAUGAAUAUUUGCAAAACUCCAUGGAGACAUUAUCAGAUACUAUCAGACAAAAGCCAUCCCUUUCCAGUGGAAUGUCAAAACCACCAGUGCUAGUGCAUCACGGUCUCUUAUCUAGUUCAGCAGAUUGGGUUCUUCUUGGUCCAGAAAAAGCCUUUGCAUACGCACUUUGUGACAGUGGUUUCGACGUUUGGCUAGCAAAUGCACGGGGUAAUGCAUAUUCACAACACCAUAAACAAUACACUGUUAAUGAUAAAGAAUUCUGGGAUUUCAGUUGGCACGAGAUUGGAUAUUAUGACGUACCAGCUAUGAUAGAUUAUAUCUUGGAAACUACAGGACAUAAUAGCCUUUAUUACGUAGGAUACAGUCAGGGUACAACUGCAUUCUACGUAAUGGCAAGUGAGCGCCCUGAGUAUAACGCGAAGGUCAAGGCAAUGAUAAGUAUGGCACCAGUAGCUUUUCUUGCAAAUCAACGCAGUCCUUUUCUUAAAUGCGUUGUUCCAUUCCACGCGCUGAUGAAGUGGGGCUCUCUGUUUUGCAACAUGCACCGAUGGUUUCAACGCAGCAAAUUGCAAACCAAGACGCUUUCCGGGAACGUUCCAAGUAUGCUGGCAAAGACCAUAUGUAUUUCCUGUUUAAAUCUUGUGGCUGGAUUCGGCAGUAAUCAAUUGCAAGACUCAAUGCUUCCAUUAAUAUUUGAGCACUUUCCAGCGGGAUCCUCUGUAAGGCAGAUUAUUCACUACAGCCAAAGUAUUAUGUCAGGUACUUUUCGACAAUAUGAUUACGGUGUGACAAAAAAUCUCAAGUUGUAUGGGUCAAUGCACCCACCCAAUUACAAUCUCGAGAAAGUAAAGGUUCCAGUAAGCAUCUUCUACAGUGAGAACGACUUUCUCACUGAUCCAAACGACGUGCAAACGCUUGCAGACAAACUGCCAAACGUAAUUGCAAAGCACAAGAUAGAAUACAGAAAGUUUAAUCACAUUGAUUAUCUAUGGGGUGCGGACGCCAAGACUCUCGUAUACAAUAACGUAGUUAAAAUGCUGAAGCGUAUGUAACAUUAAUCAUUAACAAAACUAAAAGGAAAGUGUUGCUAACGAAGAAGGACACUAUUUCUUUAAUGAUGCAUUCGAUAAUACUUUGUCAUUGUCUACCAAGUGGGUAUCCUCGAUACUAAACGUUAGUUAGUCAUUGCUACAAAAAGUUUUUAUAAUUAUAAAGCCUGUAAAUAAAGCUGCGAUAUUUAUUAAGAAA